CAACGCCUCAACCUUGAGAUCGAUCACCAUCAAAGGCGCAUAUCUCCUGCGACGGCCACCGCGACCGUCAGUAUCUAGCACCCAACACAUCCCGUCGCCCUCCCAACGACUGACAACGACAGAGCCCUCGGCAUCUGGUGAGCUGCGCAACGCGAGAACCCGACACAGGCGCUUCCUUUCCACCACAAAGGCCGCAAACCCACCAACGCAGCGACUAGUGGCGAACUCCACGGUAGCAGCAUUUUGCUUUUCACCGAUUUACUGCUGCCUCGGGGCUUGCUUUUGGGCAUCUUGCGACUGCGUGCGACUUGCUGCCGCAAACCUCGCUCGUGCUCACGCGCCACACCCAACCAGCCUCGCAAUCACAUCUCCGAUUCGCAGCGAGACACGAACACGUUGGGCCUCAGCACGACUAAGCCCUUGCAUUCAUAACUGUCGCUUACCACUACUUCUUUUCGCAUGACACACCCCUAGGCGCUGGGCUAUCGGAGAGCAUUUUACUGGCAUGGCGCUGAACGCGCCGCCAGCCGAUCGCAAGAGGGUCAAAGUCUACGAACUUCGAAACAACGACUGGUUUGACAGGGGAACGGGUUUCUGCACCGGCCAGAAUGUCAACGAUGAGGCACGAAUACACGUUCAAUCCGAGGAUGAACCAGAUCGCACUCUCCUUGACACCAAGAUCUCGAAGGACGAUGGCUACCAAAAACAACAGGACACGCUUAUCGUGUGGACGGAGGCCAAUGUCACAGACAUGGCAUUGAGUUUCCAGGAGCCUGAAGGAUGUGCUGCUAUAUGGGAAUUCGUAAAUGAAGCACAGAGGAAUCUGGGAGGUGGCGCAGGACUUGACGAUGGCUUGUCCGAUGAGCUCAUGGAUCACGUCUCCAGCUUCUCAUUGCCUCCACCGGACCUUGGAAAUCUCGCGGAGAUUGAGAACACGAUGCGAGUAGCGAACAGCACGGCUGGUGGACGAGAUGCGCUCGCUAAGUUCGUGGUUUCAGCGGAGUACAUCUCAAAGCUGACCCCUUUGGUUGAGAUGGCCGAGGAACUGGAGAGCUUGGAAGAUCUGCAUAGGCUGUGCAACAUCAUGAAAACUCUGAUACUACUGAACGACACUGCGAUAAUAGAAUCGGCUGUGACUGACGAAUUAGUAUCCGGUGUCGUUGGUGCACUCGAGUACGACCCUGACUUUCCGAGUCACAAGGCCAAUCACCGACAAUACCUCUUGGACGAGUCGAGAUUCAAAGAGGUGGUCAAGAUAGAGGAGCCUCAUAUUCGAAAGAAGAUCCAGUACACAUAUCGUUUGCAGUACAUCAAAGACGUCGUCUUGGCACGGAUCUUAGAUGACCCCACCUUCUCUGUCCUCAACUCGCUUAUAUUCUUUCACCAGGUGGACAUUGUUCAGCACGUUCAGAGCAAUGGACAAUUCCUCAAAGAACUAUUCAGCAUAUUUGCACCCUCACAAACGGACGCCGAGCGGAGAAAAGAUGCGGUGAUAUUCAUACAACAGUGCUGCGCGAUUGCUAAAGGUCUUCAAGCAAACGCUCGACAACAGCUAUAUCAGAAUUUCAUUGGCAGCGGACUCUUUAAUGUCAUCACAUUUGCUCUCAAGCACCCAGAUGCUUCGGUGCGAGUUGCUGGGACAGAUAUCCUGAUGGCCCUAAUCGACCACGACACCAUGAUGAUGAGAGGGCAAGUCUUCAAGGCAGUUAACGAUCACCAGAAGCCGCUCACAGACAUACUUAUCGAAUUGCUCCUUGUUGAGGUGGAUCUGGGUGUGAUUAUGCAGAUGGCCGAUGCCAUCAAGAUAUUGUUAGACCCCACGGCCAACAUACAAAGUCUCGACGCCAUCAGUAGGAACAAUAGCGAGUUCUUUGCAAAGAUCAGAAAUCACGGCAUACCACACGCUGAUUCAUUCGCUUCAGAGCUAUACAAGGACGGCGCCAGAAAACUCUUCAAGCCGAUAAUUGAUCUGGAGAAAAAGGAGAACAUUACCGACAUGACAUUAGCUGAAGUCACCCUACAUACGCAUCUUCUAGAUUCACUCUGUUGGUUCGUCCGUUCGCAUGCCCAAAGAACAAAGUUUCUCCUCGUCCAAGAGAAUAUUGCGGCACCGAUCUCCAGACUUCUCUCCUGUUCAGAGAAGCAUUUACGGCUGUCAGCUUUGAAGUUCUUCCGCACAUGCAUAGGUCUACAUGACGCUUUCUACAAUGAGCGGCUGCUCAAGAACGGAGUUUUCGAUCGCAUCCUAGACAUUGUCUAUGAGACCAUGCCGAGGGACAACCUGCUGAACUCAGCUUGUCUGGAUUUGUUCGAGUUCAUCAAGAGGGAGAACCUGAAAGAUUUGACAAUACAUCUCGUAGAACGAUAUCGAGAGAGGCUGCAAGGCAUUACCUAUGUCGAGACUUUCAAGCAGCUCAUUGACAAAUACGAGAAAUAUAUGCACCCGCCGAUCGAGCCUCUAUCGUUCACAAGCGUAGAGACGGAGCCUAAUAGAGUGAUGAUCCAAGGCGGGCAGACGUGGAGGCAACAAGGUUUGAAAGAUCAGGACCCUGAAACAGAGGCAUACUUUAAUGGUGUGGGUGACGAUGAAGACGAGAUUCAGUUUGACGACACUCCAGUCACAGCUCUCAAGCCAGUCCAUGCAGCAGGUGCAAACGGUACAAAUCCCAUCAAACCACUUGUUGACUAUCCAGAGGAAGAUGACGACGGCACUAUGGACGUCUUAGCUCAAGAAGCAGAUGAGCCUCAAGAGAGCACUGAACGCACGAGCACAAUUCUCGCCGAGUCAACGAUCCAAGACACAACUAAGGUAUCGAGCCCUCCCGAGAGUAUAUCUGAGAAACGAAAACGAGAAGAGGAUGAGGAUGAGGAUGAGCUCAUGAAGAUUGCAAGCAGCCAAACGAAGAGGAGGAGCAGCUCAAUAAGCUCUGCAGGGAGCACAUCUAGCCAAAACAGCCACCACAGUCUACGGCGAAAGAAGAGUGUCCAAGCAAAGGAGGGAACAAAACCAAAGAUCAGCAUCGCGCUGGCGGUUAAGAGCGGAUCUGCUGGUGGGGACGGGGGGGAAUGAAGCUUCACGGCAAGUUUGACGAGGAAUACUUGUGAAGCCGGAGCAUGCCACUGGAGCGAAUGCAUGGCUAUGAUGAUGCAAUGGGCAUAACCCACCCCCGGAACAAAGAAGGGGGUAGAUGAGCGCGGCGUCGAUGGGGAGAGUUGAUCAAGUAUUGCACUGGCAAGUGCCGUCUUGGGAUACGCAUCGAGGCAACAAUCAUUUUGGCAUAGUACGAACGGGACAUGCAUUUAACGCGCUGAGACCAGCCUCAUGUGCACUCGUUUUGCUGCACUUUCUGCAUCAGAAGGGGGGCAUUAUCAGGAGUCAAAGUUGAGCUAGCCCUGCAUCAAGAGUCGGUCUAUUGACUACUGGGCGCUGCGUCUGCGACUUUACCGUCAUAAUCAAUCUCGCUUCCAUGUAUGAUUAUUGCUUGAGCUUGCCCGGGGCAGGUAGUGAAUUCACGUGGAACGGUUUGAAGUGAAAUACGUCAUCUGUUCCUUCUCCAUGUCCGUCGUCUUCGUACCCGUCUUCCUCCUCAAGUCGGCUCAUCUCUGAUAUCACACCGAUAAACCCACAAAUGUGGAUGCUUGACUGCGCCGAUGAGUCUUGUCC